AAGAUGGAAAGAUCGGGACCAGGCCUUGGAGCAAACAACCAAACUCUGUCACGUGUCCGCGCGACGCAGUUGUUGGGCCUUGUGAUUUGUCCGCAGUGAUGGGCCAACCCAUGUUUCGGACACCGUCUCAACUCCCCCUGGGCUUGACCUACGCAAGACCCAUCGUCGUCGAGGAAUACACUUUUGGAGAUUACACUGAAUCUGAACUUGAUCUCAUUCUACGCGCGCGUUCUGCUGCAGGUCACAUUGUCUCAUGGCGCACACCUUCUAACACAUCUCGCGCAUUGCGCAUUGCGAACAACUGUUAUGAACUCUCUUAUCCUCCACCAAUGGUUUCCUCAGAACGCAAUCACGCCUCGAGAGCACUGCCUGACUGGGACACCGAUGUGCAAAUGGACGAACUCUUCUGCAUAGAUGAGCUCGAGCCGUUUGAGAAUACCGAUCUCUUGCAAGCGAUGAUAGCUCCAUCUCAAAAACGAUCCAAUUCGCCACUCAUCGAACCAUUUGAUGCUAAGCGAAGAAAGCUGGACGUCUCUUCUCUGCGGAAUUGUAUACCUCGACCGCAUAUGUAUCCUUCAACUCAUACAGCACUCACUACGAGUCGUUAUUCUACCUACAUCAAAUCAGAACCCAUUGCAAUCCCACCGUACGCCCUUCCUCUCCCUGCUCCGCUGCCUUAUACUCGUCGGAGUUGGCUUAUUCCAAUUCGUGGUGAGCCUCCUUGGCUGCAUGCUUCGACUGCAGUCGUACUCCGAGACCCUCCAGAAGCGAUCUAUGACCAAGAGAGAAAUCAGUUGCACUGGACUAUCGCCUCUGUUCAAGCCUUCUGGGACUUUCUAAAGGCCAACCGCAACAGGAAGUCGUUCGGUGGAUACGGUCUAUCCUUCCAUAUCACACAAAUCUAUGGGGGCGAUUACACACAAACUCGCAGCCAGUCUGCGUCGUGGCUAGGAGGGUUCGGCCAGCCCGUCAGCGCGUCAGACCGCGACGAAGAUCCCGACGAUGAAGACCGCGAUGCUUCGAUGCACCAAGGCCUGGUCAAGCAUGCUACGGCGCUCACUGCUAUGGAUCACAUUAAGAUCUACCACGAUGCACAGUUUUCGAUGGAGAUCCGCAGCCUUCUGCAUACCUGGGCUUUUGCAUGUUCUGAAGCAGAGAAGAUUCCUCUCCUUGAAGGGUCUAAACUCACUCUGCUAGACGAGCGAAUGAAUGGUAUACUCAUCUUGUGACAUUCUAUAUGAAUCACCUAUACCCGUACUCUCCUGUCGUCAGUAGAGUAUUCACAGCGAAUGACAAAAUCAGCUGUUGCUCACGACAAGCCGUUGAUCUGGAUUGCAGUCGGUGUUUGGCCUCCUUUGUAUCGCGGCAACCCCCGAUCUCGUCUAUCACUGCUACUUUUUCGAGAGAAUGGCUGCUUCGAAUCCCGUCGCUGGUCCCUCUCGACUCACUGGUCACAAGAAGAAAACAAAAAAGCCUACCCGCCCCAUUAACUCAGUUCGUGCCAAAAGGCAAUCGGAGAAGCAGCGUAUCGAAGAAUUGGAGCGCACAGUCCAGGCUUAUGAACCCCCUACAGAUCUCAAAGGAUUCGCUGAGCUUCCCAUUUCUGAUGCAACCAAGCGAGGCCUCAAGAAAGCUUUUUUCGUCGACAUGACUGACAUACAAGCCCAAAGUCUUCCGGUGUCGCUGAAGGGGAAGGACGUUCUCGGCGCCGCGCGGACGGGGAGUGGAAAGACCCUAUCGUUUCUCGUCCCCGUCCUUGAGACGCUGUAUCGGCAGAAGUGGGGCCCGUCAGAUGGACUUGGGGCGCUGAUAAUAUCUCCUACGCGGGAACUGGCAAUCCAGAUCUUCGAGGUGCUUCGCUCCAUCGGCGGAUACCACACGUUCUCUGCGGGACUGGUUAUUGGAGGGAAGAACCUGAAGGAUGAGCGGGACCGACUGUCGCGGAUGAACAUUCUGGUCGCCACCCCAGGACGACUGCUGCAGCACAUGGAUCAGACGGUCGGGUUCGAGGCGGACAACCUCCAGGUUCUCGUCCUCGACGAGGCCGAUCGGAUACUCGACAUGGGCUUCGCGCGCACGCUAUCUGCGCUUCUCGGUCACCUCCCCAAAACGCGGCAGACUCUUCUUUUCUCUGCGACGCAAACCGAUUCGGUCAGCGACCUGGCCCGGCUCAGCUUGAAAUCUCCCGUCCAGAUUGGCAUCAAGUCAUUUGAAGCUGAAGGGGACGACGACGACGCUUCGGCUAUCCCAGCUGGACUCGAGCAGCACUACCUACUUUGCCCCCUCGAUCAGAAGCUCUCGGUCUUGUGGGGCUUCAUCAAAACCCAUCUCCAAUCCAAAACGCUUGUCUUUCUCUCAAGCUGCAAGCAAGUCAGAUUUGUCUUCGAGACGUUCUGCAAGAUGCACCCCGGUCUCUCGCUGCUGAACAUUCACGGAAAGAUGAAGCAGACCGCCCGGCUGGAGAUGUACACUAAAUUCACGACGGCCAAGCAUGCGGUGCUCUUCGCGACGGACAUCGCAGCGCGCGGAUUGGACUUCCCUGCGGUCGACUGGGUGGUGCAGGUCGAUGCGCCUGAAGACGCCGAGACGUACAUUCACCGGGUUGGGCGUACCGCGCGGUAUCAGAGCAAGGGAAAGGCUCUGCUCUUCCUGAUGCCGAGCGAGGAGGAAGGUAUGAAGGCUGCUCUAAACAAAAGAGGCAUCGAGGUGGAGCGAAUCAAGGCCAAAAUGAGCAAGGUCCAGAGCAUCGCGAAUCAACUGCAGAACCUUGCCUUCCAGGAUCCGGAGAUCAAGUAUCUGGGGCAGAGGGCGUUCGUCUCGUAUCUGCGCUCGGUCCAUCUUCACAAGGACAAAUCGAUCUUCAAGCUGACUGAACUGCCUGCGGAGAGAUUCGCCGAAUCGUUGGGCUUACCGGGUGCUCCGAAGAUCAAGUUUUUAAGCAAAGAGGUGGCCAAACAGAAGAAGAAUCAGUCGCGCGAUGAGCAGGCGGUGGGCUUCGAUUCGGACGACUCGAGCGAGGAAGAAGCGACAGUCAAGCCUGUGGUGCGCACGAAGUACGACCGCAUGUUUGAGCGCAAGAACCAGAAUGUCCUGUCCGAGCACUACUCGAAGCUGCUGGACGGAGACGGAGACGAUGACGGAGACGAUUUCAUAACGCUCAAGCGCGCUAACCACGAUAUCCCCGAGAUGAACGAGGAAACACCCGAAUUGUCAAAGCGCAGGCAAAAGAUGGGCAAGGCAAAGCGGACCAUCCUGGAGGGUGGCCUGCCGCAAAAGCUGAUCUUCGACGACGAAGGCAAUCCGCAUGAGCUGUACGAGAUGGAGGAGGCCACGCGCUGGAUGAAAGGUAAGGGUGGCUUGGACGGUGUCGUCGAGGCCGGGCGCCAGUUUGCCGAAGGAGAGCGGAGCAAGAUGCAGACGACAAAUGUUGUGGACAAGGAGGAGGCCCGGGAGAAGAAGCGCGAGAAGAAGCGGAAACGCAAGGAACGGGAGGCGGAGAUGCAGGCGGAAGAGUCCGGUGGUGGUCAUGCCGUGUUGGCGCCGCUCGGCGACGAGGAUGAUGGCUACGUCUCACCCGACUUUGAUCUGCCAUCCGAGUCGGAGGAUGUCGAUGAGGUCCCGCAGCCUCCGGUAAAACGCAGCAAGACAUCACAUACAUUGGAAGAUGACGAAGAAAUGGCCCUACGACUUUUAGGCAGGGGUCGUUGAAGGUCAUUAUCUACUAUAGGUCGCUUCCUUGUUCGAGCAGACUUGACGCUGUGUAGCCCUGUGUGAGGUAUGCCAGUAACCAAGUCAGAUCUUCAAUACGAUGUAUACGAUCGUAGACAACGCAUUCUGCGGCCGCAGUCAAAUAUUAGGGUCGUUCACACCCUCUGAUUUCGACUCGAUUUCGAUUCAGAUUUCGAUUCAGA